CACUUUAGUGCAUUUUAGUCAUUUGUAAGGUAUCGUCUACGGUGCAACUAAAUAAGCUACUUGAAACACGUAUUUACACAUAAAUUGGAGUUACAUUGAACUUGAUUAAUUUAGAAAAAUACAAUGUUCAUUAGAGCUUCUGCCGUACUCAUAUUUUAUUUCUUGGGUGGGACAUUUUCCGCCCCACCUGCCUCAACCCCACUUAUUUCACCUCAAGAACAGAAAUUCAUCACUGCCCACACCAUAAGCAAUGAAGAAUUUCGCAAAGUAGGAUUAAAUCCUAGAGCAUGGGACAAACUCUCAAACAACAGAAUGACCGACACCAAGCCGGCCAACACAUUUAUUGUGGGGGACUAUAACACAAAAAUUCUCCCAGCAUUGCAAAAUUCUGAGAACAUUGCAGCCCCCGGAAGUCGGACCGUCUUCAAAGUGAACACACCCCUUCGAACCGUCACGAUUAAGAGAGACGAGAAGAACGAUAUUUCCAGCCUGUCUUACAAGCAAAAUGAGAAUGUAAUGGUUGGUAUGAGCCCAAGUAAGGAUGGGCGUGGUCUUGUCCCAGUUCACUUUGAGGGGGUCAAAUCCCCUCCGAAAGUAAUUCUGGGGAAGGAAAAUUCGCCCCAAGUGGAAAUCGUGCAAGCUCGGGAAGACAAGGUUAUCUUCGCUACUCAAGAUCCAAAAGUGGGAGGUGUCGUGGUGAAAAAACCAGAUCAGAAAUCGCCAGCUGUCAUUACACAGACACUCAACCAGAUUCAGAACAGGGUGAACCAGUCAAAAAAGGGGAGUUUCGCCACAGGCGGAGCGACAGGGUCACGGUCUAAAUCACGUGGGACUCGAGCGACAACCAAGCGACCAUUGGCAUCAGCAUCCGGUGCCGGGAGAACAAGACCAACUUCACGAGGAUCUACACGUCCAGGUUCCUCAUCAACGAGUGGACGACGAACAACUGCUUUUAAACCUGUCGGAGGCACCACCAAGGGAUAAAUUUAUAUGAUAAAUUGUAUCUAUGUACAUAUGUAUGUAUCAACGGUAAAUCUAAUCUUCAAGAUUAUUUAUUACGUUAUGACAUUUCUUAUUUGAAUUGCUUCAAUAAAUAUGUAUAUUUAAGUA